CGCAGCAGAACCUUCAAAGACCUCCCGGCGGAAUAUGCAUGUGUACGGGUCUUCUCGGAUCUCUCAGUAGCCACCUUGCGGCAACGUAAAACCUACCAGCAAGUAACCCUGCGUGAACAUCGCAUCCUCUACCACUGGGGAUUCCCUGUCCACCUCAUAAUAUCUCAAAACGGGACUACCACAGCCAUUCAUACAGUGGAAGAGGGAAUGCAGCUUCUCCACAAGUGGAACCUGUCACUAGCAGCAGCCACGCCCGAAUCAAGAUCGCCUAGAAGGGUGAACAAGGACUGA